AAUUCCAAAUUGGUUCAAGACAUUCUCUGGUUCAAGUCUUCGAUACGCCUCGAAGCAAGGGGUUCUAUCACUACCAGUUCGACGUACAUUUCACCAGGUGCUGUAAUGGAAAAUGCUUGCAACGACGUCCUUUUCUACAGUGAAACAGGCCAAAGCGAUGACUCGGACGUUUGGGAUGACACAGCACUUAUAAAGGCUUAUGACAAAGCGGUGGCGUCUUUUAAGCAUGCAUUAAAAGGAGAGGAGAACCCGGAAUCCAAACAACAACCUGGGAAGAAACGGAAAAACAAUGUUAAGAACAGUAGCAGAAAAAGGAGCACAGCUUCCUCUAUCAAAGAGUGGAAAGUUGGUGACUCUUGCUGUGCUCUCUGGACUGAGGAUCGAAACUUGUAUCCAGCCAGAAUUACCUCCAUUGAUCACAAGAGAGGCACUUGCAUUGUUGUCUACACAAGUUAUGGAAACAAGGAGGAGCAGUACCUCAAAGAUCUUCUGUAUGCAAACACUGAAAAAGACGAUAUACCCCAGAGAGGUGAAGGUAGACAGUCGAGUCACAGCAUAUCUCCUAUGUGUGGUUAUCCCCCGCUCACUCCUGCUGUUGCUGUUCCAAUGAUUCCACCACCACCACCAAUGAUUUCUGACAUACUAGAGGAGGAUGAAGCCUUGGGUACCAUGCUGAUCUCCUGGUAUAUGAGUGGCUAUCACACAGGAUUUUACCUGGGACUGAAACAGGGGCGUAAAACACAAGAACAAGAAACAGGUCUUGUACAAAAGUCUGAUAUGAUCAUAUAAAGUAUAUUAAAUAUUGUGCAGCUCAAGUGUUUGUACCACACCAUGUUUUUUGUUUGCUUAUUUGUUUGUUUUAUGAUUUAAAAAAAAAAACAAAAAAAAACGAAUGGUAGUAUGUACCAGACCCAACAUUGCCUCUUCUAAUUCAGUGCUAGACCUUUUGUUCUUUAUACUGAUGCAGAUCUAGUGGUUUAUACCUUUCAAAUGAAUAAAAUGACACAUUUACAUUAAAA